GGCCAGUUUUUUUUCCUCCCCCCUCACAAAAAAAUUUAAGGUCUGCCGAGUGGAGAUGCCAUACACGCCAUCUGGCUUUUUCUGCGACCGGUUGAUCCGGGAACGAGAAAGGAGAGACGGGGAAGGGUCCCUGAACAAGCCCAUCCGGUUCAACGGCCAGGACUACAACACCCUGAGGCAGGACUACCUGCAGAGGAAGACUCUGUUUGAGGAUGAAGCUUUCCCCGCCACAGUGGAGUCUCUGGGCUUCAAGGAGCUCGGACACAAGUCCAACAAGGUCAAGAACAUCGUCUGGAAGAGGCCUAAGGAAAUCAGUGAAAACCCUGAGUUCAUUGUCGGAGGAGCGAGUAGGACAGACAUCUGUCAGGGAGAUCUUGGUGACUGCUGGUUGUUAGCCGCUAUUGCUUGUCUCACACUGAAUGAGAAACUCCUCUAUCGAGUUGUUCCCCAGGAGCAAAGCUUCUCUGAGAAUUAUGCCGGCAUCUUUCACUUCCAGUUCUGGCGUUACGGUGACUGGGUCGACGUCGUCAUUGACGACCGCGUCCCGACUUUCAACAACCAGCUGGUCUUCACUAAGUCCGCCGAGAGAAAUGAGUUCUGGAGUGCCCUGCUGGAGAAGGCCUACGCAAAACUUCACGGCUCUUACGAGGCCCUGAAAGGAGGGAACACCACGGAAGCCAUGGAGGAUUUCACGGGAGGCGUCACAGAGUUUUACGAGAUGAAGGACGCUCCAAAAGAGCUUUAUAAGAUCAUGAAGAAAGCCCUGGCGAGAGGCUCACUCAUGGGCUGCUCCAUUGAUUCUCUGGUUCCUGCUCGCUUUGAGACCCGCACGGUGACGGGACUAGUGAAGGGUCACGCCUACUCCGUGACAGCGGUGGACGAGUGCAAACCCUCUCAGCACAAGGACAACAAAGUUCGUCUGGUGCGUCUCAGGAACCCAUGGGGUCAGGUGGAAUGGAAUGGCCCCUGGAGUGACAACUCCAAAGAGUGGGCGAAUCUCUCUAAGGAUGACAAAGACAAACUGCAGCACCAAAGCGCAGAGGAUGGAGAGUUCUGGAUGUCAUUUGAGGACUUCAAGAAGAAUUACACAAAGAUUGAGAUCUGUAACAUGACACCCGACGCCCUCGAGGAUGACAAGAUCCACAAGUGGACGGUUUCUGUGAACGAGGGCCGUUGGGUGAGAGGCUGCUCCGCCGGAGGCUGCAGAAACUAUCCAGACACCUUCUGGACCAACCCUCAGUACCGCCUCCGCCUGCUGGAGGAGGACGACGAUCCGGACGACAACGAGGUGGUCUGCACCUUCGUGGUGUCCUUGAUGCAGAAGAACAGACGAAAAGAGCGAAAGAUGGGGGCCAACCUCUUCACCAUCGGAUUCGCCAUUUACGAGGUGCCAAAGGAGGUGAGGAAGGUGUCAACGAAACAUUCGGCAAUUGUAUCCUGCAUUCGUUUUUAUCGAUUAUCAAAGGGAUUAUUGUCUAAACCCGAUCUUUGUUCAGUAUCCGUGCUUUUACCUGUCGCUACGGCUCAACUUUGCAGAUGCACGGAAACAAGCAGCACAUGCAGAAGGACUUCUUCUUACUCAACUCCUCCAAGGCCCGCUCCAGGUCCUACAUCAACCUGCGGGAGGUGACGCAGCGCUUCCGCCUGAGCCCCGGCGAGUACGUCAUCGUGCCUUCCACGUACGAGCCGCACCAGGAGGGGGAGUUCAUCCUGAGAGUCUUCUCUGAAAAGAGGAACACCUCAGAGUGAG